GUUCUGCAGUUGGUGAAGACAGGCGGCGGUGCAAAGGUGUAAAACUAGUGUUUUCAAUAAUGUCACCUGAUACUUUAUAGAUAUAUAUACCGGGAUAUAAUCAAGUAAAUGCAUAUCAAAAUAAUCAAAAAUAUCAGAAUAAUCAAAUAAUCAAAGGUAUGAUAAAUUAUCUGUUUAUCAUCAUCUACACUUUAUCAACAGUGGAAUUACAGGGAACACCACCUAGAAAUACAAAUUAUGAGUAUGAGGAGGAUUUUGACUUUGAUAACCUGGUUGAUAAGGGUUCCCGAUUGGUUGGAGGAUUCAGGACAAAACACGACGAAGUACCCUUUAUUGUAGCAUUUGCAGAUCUAGAACAGAAGCUGGAUAAAAAGUUUUGUACAGGCUCUUUAAUAACCUCAACCUGGGUUAUAACAGCAGCUCACUGUACCCAACUGGUAGACCCUGGUUACGAGGAUCAAUGUGUAAAAACAACCAAAUCAAAAGGAUUUUUUGAAUCUCAGCUCGUCAAAACUAACAAUGACUCUGUAAUAGGCGAAAGGUAUUCUAAGAUAAAAUGCCAUUACGUGAACGGGAAGGAUCUCGAAAUAACUCUGGUAGACCCUAAAGGAUCAGUUUACAUCGGAGUUUCUGAUGUAAAUGAUAAAGAAACAAUCAAAAAGGAAAAUCUUAUUAACAUCCAGAAAAUGUAUCGUCACAAGUAUGCAUACAAAGGGAAGUACAAUGACGCCUAUGGCAGCUAUGGUGGAUAUGAUAUUGCUCUGUUAAAACUAUCCAAACCAGCAAAUAAAAAAUAUUCUCCAGUUUGCUUGGCAACAACUACAUUUGAUGAUUUACAACAAUCCAUGAUUGCUGGUUACGGCAAUUACUAUAGAACGCCUUGUCUAACGGACGAGUAUGGCCAAUACAAGUAUCACUACUGUGAACGACCUUCUAAGGAAAAUCCUUGUAUCGUUGAUAAACCUCCUCCCGAGGACGAAGCCUGUGUUAACUUCUUCAAGGAAAAGAACGUUUCUAUCUCUAUUGACUUCCAGGAGAUGGCUAUAACUGCACCUGGAGAGAAUAUUACGUUCUGCUACCGGAACCAAUCCUUAAACCCUGGAUCUAAGGGCUGGUGUAAGGUUAAGAAUGAUUUCUACGUGAUAGGAGAGAGUAGACCUGUUGAUAAUGGUUGGGGAUUCUGCAGUAGCGACUGCUUCCUAGGAGAAUCUGAACCUGAAUCCCUGCUCCUGCGCCAGAAAUCCAACGUGUCCGUUCUGCCGGAUAGAAUAUGCGAGAUAUUCUUAAACCAGUCUAUACCCCAACAUGUCAAGCACAUACCAAAGAUACUCUGUGUUGGAAACUGGGAGAAUUGGAAGACUGAUUAUUGGGAAAAGAUUGACAACAAAUACACCCGUCUUACGCAGAAGAACAUGGAGAAGUACAGUAAUUUUGGGGAGCAGGAAGAGUUGGAAGGAGGAUAUGUCGCUUCAUCAGGAGCAUGUGCUGGUGAUUUCGGAGGACCGUUGUAUUUCAAGGAAAAAUCAGCUUUCGUCCUCACAGGAAUUGCAAGCGGAGAGAAGGGUAAGAUUGGGCAGUGUGGAGGGAUAAACAAUCCUACUCACUAUGUCAGGGUCCAGGAAUUUGUGAACUGGAUUGUCUCCACUCUGCAUCAAGAUGCAAGAAAACUCUGCUGGCAUAAAAAAUUCAGUGACCUAUUGAAGAAAAAGAACGAGUGAAGACGGCAAAAAUAUCUUUUUUAAAUAAUGAGGAAAUUGAUAAUAAAUAUGGAUCAGAAUA